AUGUUCCAGGAGGAAGUUGCAGAAGGUUCCAGAACAGAAGACCCUGUUCUCAGUCCUCGAGGCGGCUCUGGGCCUUUCCAGGAGGAUGUGGAAGGAGUCUAUUCCAUGCCAGUUCUGGUGCUGGAUGGGCUAUGUGGAGCAGGUCAUGGGAAAUAUGCCCUCACGAAAGAAACACAUGCAGGUAUUAGCUCCCAGCCUGUGGGUGGGUUGGGCUUCCUCGCUGAGAAAUGUGACUAUCUGCCUGCCGCAGGAGAUGGCAUUCAGCCAGGAAGCCCAUGUGACCCUGUUGGGCCCCCGCUGCUCAGUGGAAGGGAGGCCCUGAGGCCAGCUCCAGAGGAUCCUCCACAGAGCCCCACGCUGUACCUGAGAAUGUCUGCAGAGACGUCUAUAACGUGGCCAGAAGUGGAGCACCUCAUGGGGACUAACAGCGAUGACCGCCCUACCACUUCACACAGCCAGGAAGAGCUGGAGGUCAAGGCUCAGGCAAGGUCCUGGGAAAGGUGGAAGCAAAAACUCCCUGCCCCUAGUGACACCCACACCAGCUCUCUGGAGCCUGUGGCCAAUCUCAGCACCUCCCUGAAACCUGGA